GUAAAUUAAACAGGUAGACAAGACAGGGCACAAACACUGUUCUUCAGGGUCAAGCUGCCCACUCGGCUCGAUUGGCAAUCAGAUGUAAACUCCAUCUGUGUGUGUGGGGUGGGGGGAAAACAAAAAGUAUGAAAGGUUCCAGUUUCAUGUGUCAUGGACGCAUGUGUGCGGUACUGGAGACAUCCUGGUGGCGGCGCUAUGCCGACGCGCGUGAGCAAGGUCACACGGUGUACCAUUCGGCUGCCUGCGCUCCUCAAACGCUGCAGCUGCCGUCGUCUUCUCCCCCACACUCCCUCACUGUCGCACAGCCAUGGCCGACAGCGCGAGCGAGAGCGACACGGACGGAGCGGGCAGCAGCUCGGCCACCCCGAUGUCGACCUCCGCCUCCAAUUCGGGGAAACCGAGCAUUGUCAUUUCACAGUUUCGUCUGGAGGAACUGACGAACCGACUGGCCUCUCUGCAGCAAGAGAACAAAGUUCUUAAAAUUGAGCUGGAGACAUUCAAACUCAAGUGCAAAGCCCUGCAGGAGGAGAAUCGGGACCUCCGCAAAGCCAGCGUCACCAUUCAAGCAAGAGCAGAGCAGGAAGAAGAGUUUAUCAGCAACACCCUGUUCAAGAAGAUCCAGGCCCUCCAGAAGGAGAAGGAGACUUUGGCGGUCAACUAUGAGAAGGAAGAGGAAUUUCUCACCAAUGAACUGUCAAGGAAACUCAUGAAUCUCCAGCAUGAGAAGGCAGAGUUGGAGCAACACUUGGAGCAGGAACAGGAGUUCCAAGUUAACAAGCUCAUGAAAAAGAUAAAAAAGAUGGAGAAUGAAACCAUCUCGAAGCAGCUAACCCUGGAACAGUUGAGGCGGGAGAAGAUCGAUCUUGAGAACACAUUAGAGCAGGAACAAGAAGCCCUGGUCAACAGACUGUGGAAACGGAUGGAUAAACUGGAGGCGGAGAAAAGAAUCCUUCAAGAGAAGUUGGACCAACCCGUAUCAGCUCCUCCCUCCCCAAGAGACGUUUCCAUGGAGAUAGACUCGCCAGAGAACAUGAUGCGGCAUAUCCGUUUCCUGAAGAAUGAGGUGGAGAGGCUUAAGAAAAGCUUGCGCACCACUGAGCUGCAACACACAGAGAAACGUGCCCAGUACAUAGAGGAGGAGCGACACAUGAGGGAGGAGAACAUCCGGCUGCAGAGAAAGCUUCAGAGAGAAAUGGAGCGCAGGGAGGCCCUGUGCAGACAACUGUCAGAGAGUGAAUCCAGUCUGGAGAUGGACGAUGAGAGGUACUUCAAUGAGAUGUCUGCACAGGGCUUGCGAGCCAGGACUGUGUCGAGCCCCAUCCCCUACACCCCGUCCCCCAGCUCCAGCCGACCCAUAUCUCCCGGUCUCUCAUAUGGCAGCCACACAGUCGGCUUCACUCCUCCAGCGACGCUGUCCAGAGCGGCCAUCUCCCACUACAACACCCCCGCCCUGCACGUUCACGGAAGCUCCUCUCAUUCCGUAGCCAGGCCCUCGCCAAGAAGAAGCACCAGCCCCGACAAAUUCAAACGUCCAACGCCCCCACCCUCCCCCAACACGCACUCGGGGGCACAGCAGGCUCAGCCUCCGCUACCCCCACCGGCCCAGCCCAUGGUCCAGUCCAUGUCCUCCCCGGCAGCUAUGUCGCAGCAUGCAGCACAGCAGCCUCCCUCCCAGCCUUAACGCAUCACGCCGUCUCUGUCUUUGCGCGUGAGUGCGCCCGCUGAAUGCCACGACGCUACCGCAACAGCAGCUUCCAUCAUUACCAGCUCUGGAAGUCAAGUUUCUUACUCUUUACCAACUCCACAAAAGAAGCAGCUUCAAAUGUCUUAAGAGGGGAAAGAAACAAGGCGGAGCCUCACCCUCAGUGGAGCCAGCCGUCUGCCAAAUCCACACGUGGCGUUACUUAACUACUCUUAAACGGAAUGGAUGGACUGACAAAUAAUCACUUCUGGGAUUUGUAGGCCAAUUAUCUGUUCCACAUUCUGUCUUGUACAUGAUUUGUUUUUUUUUUCUUUGCCUGGGACUUUAGCUGGUUGAAAUUGAUGUUGUGGCGCUUCUGAGAUAGCACAAACAGCACAUAAAGUAUGUUUCAUGGUGGUGUUUUCCGAUAGGUUGGAUGUUUGGAUCAAUGAAUGAACUGAUAGAUGGAUGUGGUUGAAUCUUUUCAUGCCUAUAAUAUGACACUCGAUUGCAGAAAUGUACUCCACUCCAGCUCACCCCACCCCCUUCGUCUCUGCAACAAUGUCAACAAGUCACCCCCGAGCUUAACGCAGCUUCGUUCACAAGAGGUGUCAUAGAAACCUUGCUUGGACUUUCUCCAUUAUAGGGCAUUGAUCAAACCGAGCUUGUGCCACAGUUAUUUAGUUUCUGAAAGUGUUUAAGGCUCUGCUGCUCUUCAGUUAUAAUGGGAGGGGGGGGGCAUCCAAAGAGGAUGGACACUGGUACAUAAACCACAGAUAAAUGUCGCCUUUUGAGGCGUUUUUAAAAAUGUAGUCAGAGGUGUUACAACUUAGUCAUGUACUCGGUCUCUCGCCUCUUCUCUCUAUCUCUCUGGUGUAUUUCUGAAAGCAUCUAUCAUACUUGUGGAUAUUCCUCAUCAGAAAAAGGACAAAAAAAACAAACAUAAUGCUCUUUACACUAAAUAUACAUACUGCUAAAACAUUCUAAAUGAAUGGUACUGUUGAACUACAUUUCUAUGUAUGAUUAAAGCUCUCGAGAUGACAACCUCUGUUUUUAACCGUCAGUUCUAUGGGUCACAUUUGCUGAUUUGUAAUGUGAUAAGAGUUAAACAUCAAUAAGCAAGCUUUGUAGACUUCAAAUAUCAGUCUGUUCUCUAUGAUUCAUCUUUCCUUGACAGGAUUCUGCGAUUUAAUGCGCUCGCUGAAUUUGGCAGCUCUUAACAAGUGCACUGAUUCUGACUGGAUUGAUCUUUGUGUAUUUUGCUUCACUGGACGAUUUCAUGUUUUAUUUUUGUCUUACUACCAUACUUCAUGACCUUGCAAUUUCUGACUGAAAUAAUAGAUUGCCAUAAUUCCUAUUGCAUAUUUAAUCCCCUGAUGCUGCUCCUCGUGCCACCAUGAGGUUGACAUUGACACCUUUUGGGAAUUGUGAAAAUUGGUUGAGACAUUAAUGGUCCCCAGAGGAUGAAUUGUAAUAAAUUUGAUCCCCUGAACUUUCCUUGUA